GUCGCUCGAGUCAACAAUGGAAAUGCCAUGGAUUUGUCGUUGGGAAUAUUCUUGGCACCGAGAUCGGGCAUUUACUUCUUCUCCUUCACGGGAUUGGCCAGUUUCCCAGAGACGAAAUCUCCAAAUAAGGUUUCUUCCUUUUUCGUUGCUAUCUGGCAAGUAGCAACUCGGCAACUGAACAUAACUUGCGGGUACGGGAAGGCUUAUGGAAAUUACCAAUGUGCGGUUAUAAAUGAGAGGUCGUUCGCUUUGCCAAGUAUGCAGGGCCACUGUGGUGUUAGGUGUUGUGAUAAUCCUAAGUGGCGCUUCUCCUGUCUCUCCCGACAAAGAAGCCCUGAGUUUUCUAGCGAGUUUUGGCUACCUAGAACCGAGACUAAAGAAUUCUUCCACUGCAUCUGUUUCCGCUGAUACUGUGCGAAACGCCAUAAGCGAUUUUCAAUCCUAUGCCGGCUUGGAUCCAACAGGUAUUGUGAACGAGGAAACAUUGACAUGGAUGAGGAAACCGCGUUGCGGACUUCCGGAUCGUAUUAUACCGGAAGGUUCUUCCACUCGCCGGAAGCGCAGCAUUGAAAUUAAAGAAGAUCGUUGGGUUAAAGAUGAAUUAACUUAUAGUAUUAGCAAAUACACGCCGGAUUUGGAAAAAUCCGUCGUAGAUCGAGAAAUCGCAAACGCGUUUCGGCUGUGGGAGGAAGUAACUCCAUUGACCUUCACUUUUGUUGAGACGGGAAACGUUGACAUCGAAAUCCGUUUUGAAUCUGGCGCUCAUUCAGACAGUAGAAAUCACGACGCGUUUGAUGGCCAAGGUAAAAUUUUAGCUCACGCGUUCUUUCCCCAAUCGGGCGGUGACGCACAUUUCGACGAAGCCGAAACAUGGACCAUUAGCAGUGAUGGUGCGAAUCUGUUCCAGGUGGCUACUCACGAAUUUGGCCACGCCCUUGGUCUGGAGCAUUCUGAAUCCAAAACGGCUGUGAUGUACUCAUUCUACGAUUACCGCUCUGACUUCAAAUUGGAAACUGACGACGUCAACAGAAUCCAGCAACUCUAUGGCGCGAAAAUCAAUGAUGGGUGGUUAAAAGAAAAAUUUAAAGGAAUUGCAGCUGACAUGGGGAAAUUGGAAAAAGAAUUGCGAGCAACAAAAAGGGAAUUGGAGGAAGCGAAGGUUACCAUCGAGAUUUUGAAAACAACUUUAAACGCGAGAACGAGAGACAUAAAGAACAACGACGGUAAAAUGCCAACCUCCUGCGAAGACUUGGAAUCAAUGGGUCAGAAAAUUAACGGAAUAUUUUUAGUGAAGGGAACAAAGGCCACAAUCGAUACAGUCUUUUGCGACUUUAAUCCGAACAGCAACAACGAAUUCCAAAAAUGGAUCGGUCACACCGAGGUCAAAUCAGCGCCCGUCUAUUUCUACGUGCAACGGAACAGUCCAUUUUACGCAUUUAAAGAUGCGAUUCCGUUCGAUUUCGCUCGAGUCAACAUUGGAGAUGCCAUACGUUUACAAACAGGAAUAUUCGCGGCACCGAAAUCUGGCACUUAUUUCUUCUCCUUUACGGGAUUAGCCGCUUUCCCAGAGUCCAAAUCUCCAGAAAAGAUGCAGUUAGGGAUAGGACUUUACAAGAACGGUGAUCGUGUCGGAAGGGCCCUAGCAGAAGAGUCCAACACCGUCGACAAUCAAAAGUGUCCGCUGAGUCUCCAGUCGACGCUAAAAUUAGAGACGAAUGACGACAUUUGGUUGCAGAUUGAUGUGAAAUCGACACCAGAAGUGUCUCUAUUUGACGACGCAGGUGUGGAACGAGAUGAACAAUGGACUCAUUUUACCGGAUGGAUUUUACAAGAGGAAUUUCUUGAGUCACACUGAAUGUUUUGUGCUAUGUUGGCUGAACAAUGUGUGCGAUGUGAUUAAUAUUAAUAAUACUGUUUCACUGGAUUUUUUUAAAAGAAAAAGAACUAUAAUUGACGAUGAAUCCACUUGAUCCUGGUCUCUAUAAAGCUGUUUAGAAAAUGGAA